AUGGCGUGGUGGCUUUCAGAUUAUUGUCCUCCGCUCUUUCUCCUAUUCUUUUCUUUGUCUUUCCCUCUCUUCCUCUUCUUCCUCAUCUUCCGCGGCAAAACCGCCACCUCGAACAGCCACCUCCCACCAGGGCCACCGGGAUGGCCUAUAUUUGGAAACAUGUUCCAGCUCGGAGACAUGCCUCAUCGAACUCUCACACACCUAAGAAACAAGUAUGGUCCAAUUGUAUGGCUUCGUCUAGGCUCCAUCAACACCAUGGUCAUUCUCUCCGCUGAUGCUGCCACCGUCUUUUUCAAAAACCAUGACCAAUCCUUUGCUGAUCGAACCAUAACUGAAACCAUGCGCGUCCAUAACUACCACAAAUCCUCCUUGGCCUUAGCUCCUUAUGGCUCCUACUGGCGCCUCAUGCGCCGCCUCGUCACCGUCGACAUGCUCGUCGCGAAACGCAUAAACGACACCGCCUCCACCCGUCGAAAAUGCGUGAACGACAUGCUCUCCUGGGUGGCCAAAGAAUCUCGAAAAUUGGAAGAGGGUCGCGGGCUUCACGUGGCGCGAUUCGUUUUCCUCAUGACGUUUAACUUGCUUGGGAACUUGAUGCUGUCGCGGGACCUUUUCGACCCGGAAUCAGAAGUCGUGUCGGAGUUUUUCAACGCAAUGAUGGGUCUUAUGGAGUGGACGGGGCACGCUAACGUCACCGACUUGUUCCCGUGGCUGCGGUGGUUGGACCCGCAGGGUCUCAGGAGAAAGAUGCAUAGGGACAUGGGAAAAGCUCUGGGAAUCGCUUCCAGGUUCGUGAAAGAGCGUUUGGAGAUGCCGCGUCAGAACAUGUCAAGGGACUUCUUGGAUGUCUUGCUUGAGUUUCAAAGCAGUGAAAGUCAAGAAGCACUCAACAUCUCAGAUAAAGACCUCAACAUUUUCAUAUUGGAAAUUUUCAUGGCUGGGUCAGAAACGUCGAGCAGCACAAUUGAAUGGGCGAUGACGGAGCUUUUGUGCAACCGUGAGUGUCUAGUGAAGGUGAAAAGUGAGCUUAGAGGGGUGGUUGGGUGUGGGAGAGAGGUUGAGGAGAGUGACAUAGAGAAGUUGCCGUACCUACAAAGUGUGGUUAAGGAAACACUUCGAUUGCAUCCUCCGAUUCCGUUGCUUGUCCCUCGAAAGGCCACGGAGGACACGGAGUUCAUGGGAUACCACAUACCCAAAGACACGCAGGUUUUCGUGAACGCGUGGGCGAUAGGGAGAGACCCAAGCGCGUGGGAGGAGCCUUUGGUUUUCAAGCCCGAAAGGUUUUGUGAUGGUAGGAAUGUUGAUUACAAGGGACAGCACUAUGAGUUGAUCCCUUUCGGGGCUGGAAGAAGAAUGUGUGCCGGUGUGCCGUUGGCCCAUAGAGUGCUUCACUUGGUGUUGGGAUCGUUGCUUCACCGAUUUGAUUGGGAACUUGAGAGCCAUGUUACGCCAUCAACCAUAGACACCAAGGACAAGCUCGGCAUAACCAUGCGUAAGCUUGAACCCUUGCUCGCGGUGCCAAAAUUGGUUGCCACUUCAUCAUGA